AUGAACACUUUCAAAGGAAUAUCCUCAUCAAAUUUUUGUACCAACAUUUCAAAUGAUACACCUUCAAUAAAUUUUCAUAUUCAACGAUUAUUAUACUCAUCAGAUCAUGAGAAUUUGUCUUCAAAUGAUGUGAAUAUGAAACGAACUGCAACGACCACAACCUCGACUGCCGCCACCACAACCGCCAUUACAACAACAACCAAUGAGACAAUCAAAUAUCACUCUGAUGACAAAUAUCAACCACUCGUAAAUAAUAAAGAUCAAUCUGACCUAAGUACAACUAUUACACAAUUGUUAAAUACAUAUAGUCCAGAGAAAUUAUCACUAUUUACAAAAUUAACACAAAAUCUAUACGAAAAUAAUCUUACAACAACUCCGACGGAAUUAGAAUGUUUUCUAAAAACAAAAUUAGACAUGACAAAAAGUGUGGAGUCUUUUCAACAACAACAGCAACACGAAGUUGAUGUGAAUAGUUUGAGAAAGAAAUUAUUUUUAUUGACUGAUGAACAAAAGCAUCAUCAUCUUCAUCAUCAUCAGCAACAGCAACAGAAUCAUGUUCCUAGUUAUCAUUAUCCUAAUCAACAGGAUAAUCAUGGACAAGAAGAUUUGACACUGAAAAAAACCAAUGAACACUAUGAAGAGAAUUUAACAAUGAUUAAAAAUUUAAUUAAAGAUUAUAUGAAUAGUCAGAAUGUUGUCACAAAAACAUUACAGGAUGAAUCGAAAUCGCCCAUAUUCUAUCCAACUAAUCAUAAUAAUAAUCAUGAGAAUAUUAGCCAUAAGAUUGAUAAUGAUACUACUAACUAUGCACAAAAAGUUUAUGAAUUUUUAACUAAUGAAUAUGGUGGGACGCAUAAUCUGUUACCGUUCAUGUUACAUAAUCCUGGUAAGUUGAAAGUUAUUGAUUGUGUUUUGGUGAAAAUAUAUUCAUUAUUUAGUUGA